AACAGGAUGGAAGUCCUUUCCGCAAGUAAGUUUGCCACUGUCGUGGAGGUCCGUGUAAGACUAUCAGAUCAUUCUUGGCAAAGAUGAUUCCGGCGGUAGGCUUUGUUGUGUUUCUGCUUUCUAUUCUAGCUCCCUUGAGUUUGGCAAUAGGGUCGGUUAACCAGCACGAUGAUCUGAAUUUGUCCCAUGUGGAACGAUCGCUAGUGGGAGAAGCAACCAUAGAGGGUUACGUGCUUGGCAACAAUGGGCAACCCGAAAGCGUAUACCCCUUGCCACUGUGUGCCGGAGAUUGCGACGAUGAUGAAGACUGCGGUGAUGGCUUGAUUUGUUAUGAUCGUGGUCCUCUCGAUGCCAUCCCUGGCUGUUUGGGUGGAGAAGAAGAUUCAUCUCGAACCGAUUACUGCAUUCUUGAUCCCAGUCAAGAAAGUCAAAGUCCAACCACGUCCAUGAGUCCCUCCGUUUCCCCGUCCACUGCACCGUCUCGCUACAGUGCUCCCAGUUCGUCUCCCUCAAAAUCCUCAGAACCAUCGCAACCUCCCACAAAAAUUCCGAGCGCGCAACCCACAAUUUCUCUAGCACCCACCAAGUCUUUACAACCAUCUUCCAGGCCUUCUUCCCGUCCUUCCGAACAACCCUCUCUGCGUCCCACUUCCCCUCCUACCGGGGCACCUACGAACUACCGCGGUCCGUUUCAGCUCAAACUCUUCUGGCAUCAAAGAUCCUGCUGGCAAGAAGAUUGCAACAAUGAGUCCCACUGGUGCAUGCAAUGCGAAGGAUACAGGUGCAAUGUCGGUGAUAUCUUGUGGGUGGAACCAUGCCGUUUCGACAAACCACCCAUGCAACUCUUUGAAUGGCUACCCGUGCCAGCGAAUGUCUAUCCCAAUCCCUCCUUGAGGGCUACCGAAGUCUUUGGGCAGUUGCAAUCUGCCGAAUGGGACCAGGACAUCAAAGGAUACCUGUGUCUGGAAAAAGUUGGUGAUCGUCGCUAUACACUUCAAGAAUGCAGCGUUCAAAGCUACAAGCAAUGGUUUACUGGAUUUGAUCCCAACAAUGCCUUUGAACUCUACAACCCGCCCAACAAUCUGCCCACCACCACGGUAAAAAAAGACCAUUGUCUCACCAUGCCCCAUCAUCCCCGUCAAUUUGAAGGCAUUUAUCAUACCGAUUGCGAGGAAACACGGGGAGAUCGCACCAAUCGUUGGAUUGCCGUCUACGAACAAAACACGCCGCAAAUUUUUCGAAGCGAGUUGGAUACGGACUUUCGGCCCAAUCGGUACUAUCGCAUUGGAGAACGACGUAGCAAUCCCAGUUGCAAAGAUGUCACACCCUGUGGACUCUGCCAGGGACAUUGCUAUACCGAUGAUGAUUGCGAAGGAUCUUUGAAAUGUUUUCAGCGCAAUCGAUGGAAUAAAUGGGAAACACCCCCGGGCUGUUUUGGAGAUGGAGUGCCGGGAAUGGACUACUGCUAUGCAAAACCGGGCACCUAGAAGGACGUCGAGCACUCAACUAUCGAAUCGAAUCUAUUUGGGUUGUGUAUGAAACAACCUCUGGAAAAACAGAAUCCACAUGUCUCCUGGACGUACGCACGCACGCACACACACGGGGAGCAACCUAUGAUGAGCACAAUGGAAAUCAGGUAUGCGCAGUAGUAUUUACUAAAAAAAGCUUCCAAUCCGGAGCAAUGACAGCCAUAACUUAAUAAUAAUAGUUGCAUGUUGUAUGAU